AUGGAGAAACUCAAAGAGCAUUUGCAGAAACUACGUGAUAGGAGAGUUGCGGUAGAACAAUCCAUCAAUGCGGCUGAAUUGAAUCAACAAGUAACCUCUCAUGAGGUUAAAAGCUGGCUUACAAAGGUGGAAAAGAUCAUUAGUGCUCUGGAAAAUGAUAAAACUAAUAGGAAAUGCUUGAAUGGGUGGUGUCCAAAUCCGAAGGCACGAUAUUCCUCAAGUAGGAAAGCUAAAAACAAAGCGCAAGACAUUGGUGAGCUUCUACAAGAAGGUAGAAACUAUGGUGGGGUGUACAUUGAUGCUCCUCCACCGGAAACAGGAUCAUCAUCAUCCACUGAAGAUGUCAAGCAUUUUAAAUCGAGAACAUCAAUUCUGAAUGAAGUUUUGAUUGCUCUAAGGGAUGACAAGAUCAACAUCAUUGCAAUAUGUGGUAUGGCUGGGGUCGGAAAGACAGAAAUGGCCAAAGAGAUAGGGAGAAGAGCGAAAGUUGAUCAUUUAUUUGAUAAAGUCGUGAUUGCAGAGGUGUCUCAAAGUCCAAAUUUGAGAGUGAUUCAAUCGGAAAUUGCAGAAAAUCUAGGUCUGAAAUUCUAUCAAGAGAGUUUGGCUGGAAGAGCAAAUGCACUAAAUUCAAUAAUAACGAAGACCAAGAAUGUCCUUGUAAUAUUAGAUGAUAUUUGGGAACCACUUGAUCUAGUGAAAGUUGGAAUUCCUUAUGGAGAUAAACAUAAGAGCUGCAAAAUCUUGAUUACAUCACGAAGUGAAGAAACCUGUAAUCAAAUGAAAACUCAGAUUAUCUUUCCAAUCAAACCCCUAUCAGAAGUAGAUGCAUGGAAUCUUUUUAAAAGAACAGCCGGUGAUUGUAUUCAGAAUGGCGGUCCAUUCCAAAUAGCAAAAGAUGUUUUAAAGGAAUGUGGAGGUUUACCUGUUGCUAUUGUUAUCAUUGGUAAUGCCCUAGCAAACAAAAGCAAAGAGGAGUGGACUGCAGUGCUUCAACAACUUCGAAGGUCAGGCCUAGAAAAUAUUCCUGUAUAUUCAAAGGUCUAUUCCAGCAUUAAGUCGAGUUACGAUUAUUUAGAAAGUAAGGAAGCCAGGUCGUGCUUCUUACUAUGUUGUUUAUUCCCAGAAGAUCAUAAUAUUCCUAUCGAGGAUUUGGUCAGAUAUGGAGUGGGGCGAAACUUGUUUGCAAACAUUGAUACCAUAGAAGAAGCAAGACGAGAAGUGCAUCAAAUGGUUCGGAAUCUGAGAAGAUCAAACCUAUUGCUGGACGGAGAGGAUGAAGAACAUGUCAAAAUGCAUGUUGUUGUACGAGAUGUUGCCAUAUCAAUUGCAUCUAAAGAUGAACAUUGUUUUCUGGUAAGAUGCGAUUAUAAAAUGGAGGAAUGGCCACAAAAUGAGAGAUAUGAACAUUAUGCUGCAAUUUCGCUUGUAUCUAAGGAAUUGGAAAGGCAUCUAGAUGGGUUGGAGUGUCCCAAACUUGAGCUUUUGCACAUGUCAUUAUCACUGGAACGUCCACAGACUUUCCCAACCAAUCUAUUUAGUGGGAUGAAGGAACUUAAGAUUUUGUCCUUGCACUGUAUCUCCUCCCUGUCACUACCAUUAUCGAUCCGAGUCCUUCAGAACCUUCGAGUGUUGAAACUGGAGAAUUGUAGCUUAAAAGAUGUGUCGGCAAUUGAAUCACUUCUGAAACUAAAAAUCCUUAGCUUUCGUGGUUCUUAUAUCAAGGAGUUGCCGAGGGAAAUACAAAAUUUGAGCUGGUUAAAGUUGCUAGAUUUGUCGGAAUGUUGGGAUCUUCAGCGAAUUCCACCAGGUGUUUUCUCUAGUUUAUCUCGUCUGGAAGAGUUGUACAUGGAACAAAGCUUUCCGUGUUGGGAAUCUCCUGAAGAAAAUGGAAACAAAAUCAAUGCUGAUUUAUUUUCUUCACAGCAUAUGAUGGUUUUGGACAUUUGUAUACCUAUCAGGCUCUUGCAGAAAGGCUUAUACUUGAGAAACUUCAGAAUAUAUGCAAGCGAGAGAUUGGAUAGACUUUUUGAAUUAUACAUUAAAUCAAGUAUGCAUUGGAAAUCAAGGUAUCUGUUUGAAAAUACUCUGGCUCUCGAAUGUAAAGCAAGUGAUAUUGCAAAGAGUCCAAGGAUUCUUUUAAUGUUGCAGAAAGCUGAAAUUUUGUGCUUGAUAGAAAUACGCGACUUAAAAAACAAUCUGUUUGAAUUAGGCUUUCAAUCUUUUCCACGCUUGAAGUUUCUAGAGGUUUCUAAAUGUAAUAUGAGAUAUCUAAUCGAUGUCAAGUCGGAUCAGACUCGUCCACAUGCUGCCUUCCCUCUACUAGAGUCACUGGUGCUCAGGUGGACGGAUAAACUAGUGAAGAUAUGCCAUGAUAGGGAUGUGCUUGGCAACUUAAGGUAUCUUAAUCUAUAUGGAUGCACCUCAUUGAAAAAUGCCUUUCCUUUGUCCAUAGCAAGAGAUUUGAUUCAACUCCAAAGGUUGAUAAUAGAGCAUUGUUAUGCUAUGGAAGAGAUCUUCUCUGGGGAAGAAAAAGAUAAGAAAGAAGUACCGAAAAUGAUAGUGUUUCCGAAGUUGUACCAUGUGGAGCUGAAUUUUCUAACAAGCCUAAUCGCUUUUUGUAAAGGCAACGAUCCAGUAUCUGAGGUUCUCGAAUCUAGCAAUGUUGAUGCGCAAAAACCAUCCUCGAAUCAAGAGAUAGAAAACAUUCUUGAAGUUGGAGAAGAAGAAGAUGCAGUAGAGAUCAUCGUGUUCCCCAAAUUUUGGUCCUUCAAAUGGCCAUCCAUGCAUGAAAUCUAUCUGUACGAAUGUCCCAACUUGAUAACAUUUGGUCCAGAAAUUGGAAGCACAGCAAAGCCAAAGAAGAUAAACGUGGGAUUAGAUUCGAAACGCCAGGAUCACACUGGUACGACCUCCUCUGUAAAGAAUGCCCCUGGUUUUCUAGAUAGAUGCCUUGACUGUGUCCUGUGUCGCAAGAAACUCCAAGGAAGCUCUUCCUUGGGAGGGAAUGAACCCGAAUUUCAAGGGCAAAUACUGCACCCUCCAGUUAACAAAGAGGUGGACCCAAAUGGGAAUGAUAGAGACAUUCAAACAGAGAUACGGUCUCUUAUUCCAUCAAGUUUGAUUAAUAGUAUGCAAAAUCUACAACUGCUUGAAGCUGUGAAAUGUAAUUCAUUGGAAGCGAUAUUUGAGCUUGAAGGACUAAAUCUUGAGAAAAGUUCUGCCUUCAUUGCAUGCAAUAAUUUGAGAGAACUGAAGUUACGGACUUUACCAAAGCUGAAGCAUAUAUGGAAGGAUGGUCCACAAGAAAUUACAGGCUUCCACGAGUUGAGACUGCUAGUAGUAAGUGAAUGUCAUAAUUUGAAAUACUUGUUCUCACCAUCCAUUGCAAAACUUCUUGUGGAAUUGGAAGAAAUAGAAGUUCAGGAAUGCAACGAAAUGGAAGCAAUUCUAGCAAAAGCAAGAGAAAAUGAGAAAAGCGAGGUGACAUUUCCCAACGUGCAUACCCUCUCACUUGUCCGUUUACGAAAACUCGAGUGCUUUUGUGUUGAAGCUAAUGCUUUUAAGUGGCCAUCCCUAACAAAAGUAAAAGUAGUUGGAUGUGAUAAGUUAAAGAUGUUUGUUCCAAGAAAAGUGGAAACGCCACCUGAGUUAGUGAGAGUAAAUACUGAUCUCAGAGAGUUGAAGUUUCAAUACAUGGUUGGAGACCUUAAUGACGCCAUCCGAGAAAUGAUGAUCAAAUGCGAGGGAAGAUCGUUACAAAGUCGACCUGCUGAUUGGGUAACAAUUGUCACUUUUUGUCACUUGCAAGGCAUUCAAUCAUGA